CUACGCUCUGGGUAAACCCGCCGCACCCCGGACCCUUCCGCGCCUGCUGCCUUGUGCGUUUCCGAGUUUGGUUAAAGAGGAUGUGACUUUUUCUGUGUGUUCCUAUUCUUUUUCCUUUUAUGAUUUGAAAAAGAGAAAACGCAGAGUAAGCUGGGACAGGGAAGCGCCACCAUCUGCCCCCACGUGGACACUUCCGAGGGGAAAAGAAGUUGCAGGAGAACUUGGUGCUUCUGGCCUUGAGGCCUCGACUGGGGCUGGACUCUAAGGCCCGGGGUCAUGACUCUGACUUUGGGCAGGUGGAGGGUGUUACUUGUUCUGGGCUGGACUUGAGCCCCCCGUUCUUGGCCGCCCCCCCCUCAAACACACACACACACACACACACACACACACACACAUUACCCGGCGCCUGGCCUAGGCCUCCACACCCGUCAGCAACAUGGACAAGUACCAGGACCUGGGCCUGGAGGCCAGUAAAUUCAUCGAGGACCUGAACAUGUACGAGGCUUCCAAGGAUGGACUCUUCCGAGUGGACAAGGGUGCAGGCAACAACCCGGAGUUUGAGGAGACACGGCGGGUGUUUGCCACCAAGAUGGCCAAGAUCCACCUUCAGCAGCAGCAGCAGCUCCUGCAGGAGGAGACCCUGCCGGGCCGCCAGGGCCCGCAGGUCCAUCGGGAAGCUGGUGCGGGCAGCAGGCUGACCAUGGACGGCGCUGCCAAGCCCCCUCUGGCUGCCUCGACAGUAGCUCCUGGGACAGCCACCACCAUCACUGCUGGGCAGCCCUUGUACCCAGCCCAGGAGCAGAAGGCCAGGCCGUAUGGCCACACCAGGCCUGGCAGUCAGGACUGUGGUUCCAAGGAGAGCCCGGCCGGUUCCGAGAUGUCCGCCGUCCACGGGCUGAGCCCCUGCGAGGACCCUUCCUGCCUCACCCAUGGAGACUAUUAUGACAACCUCUCCUUGGCAAGCCCGAAGUGGGGUGAAGAACCAGGAGUGCCUCCCGGCAGCAGGCUGGGUGUAGGGACUGGGUGGCCUGGCGCCCCAGGCGGUGACCCAUCACCACCCACACCCUCCAGGGACCCUUACCUGUACCAGCCGCAGUUCUCCCCAAGCUCCAGCCGGUCGUUUGAGAGCGGCCAGGACAGUGGUGGUGAUGGCCGCAGCAGCGAGAAGCCAGCGGGUCUUUGGACCACUGCCUCCUCCCAGUGGGCGCGCCCUGGCCUUCCCUCCCCAGGCCUGGAGAACGGGGCCCUCCUGGGGCCCACUCAGCCCAGAACCCCUUUUUCAGGGAGCUGCCCCAGUCAAGGAGCUCUUCCAAGAACAAACUCGGGGGCACGGAGUGAGGUUUCAGGCACGAUGCCCAAACCAAAUGCGCACCCUCAGUCCUGGUUCCAGGAUGGGCCCAAAUCCUACCUUUCUAGUUCUGGGCCGUCAUCUUUGCCAGCCAGCAUGGACAGUUUGCAGCUGGAUGACGCCCCUGGGCUGGGUCCCAAGCCUGGCUGCACAGACCCUGGCACUGGUCCCAAGCUCAGCCCCAUCAGCCGUGUCCCUCCAGUGAUGUCCACCCCACUUGAGUUAUCUUCUUGUAAAGAAGGUCCCCCUGGCUGGUCUUCUGAGGGUAGCCUGGGGCCUGUGCUCCCAGAGAGCCCCAGCCCCCACAGAGUGAGGCUGCCCUGCCAGACCCUCACCCCGGGUCCCGAGCUUGGGCCGUCGACUGCCGAGCUGAAAUUAGAAGCCCUCACCCAGCGCCUGGAGCGGGAGAUGGAUGCUCAUCCGAAGGCCGAUUACUUUGGUUCCUGUGUGAAAUGCAGCAAAGGGGUGUUUGGGGCCGGCCAGGCCUGCCAGGCCAUGGGGAACCUGUACCACGACGCCUGCUUCACCUGUGCGGCCUGCAGCCGGAAGCUGAGAGGAAAAGCCUUUUAUUUCGUCAAUGGCAAAGUGUUUUGUGAGGAAGACUUCCUGUACUCUGGCUUCCAGCAGUCAGCUGACCGGUGUUUUCUGUGUGGCCAUCUGAUCAUGGACAUGAUCCUGCAGGCCCUGGGGAAGUCCUACCACCCCGGCUGUUUCCGCUGUGUCAUCUGUAACGAGUGCUUGGAUGGGGUGCCCUUCACCGUGGACUCAGAGAACAAGAUCUACUGUGUCCGCGAUUACCACAAGGUGUUGGCCCCCAAGUGUGCAGCCUGCGGGCUCCCCAUCCUUCCACCUGAGGGCUCAGAUGAGACCAUCCGUGUCGUGUCCAUGGACAGAGAUUACCACGUGGAGUGUUACCACUGCGAGGACUGCGGCCUGGAGCUCAACGACGAGGACGGCCACCGCUGCUACCCCCUGGAGGACCAUCUCUUCUGCCAGCCCUGCCACGUCAAGCGGCUGGAGAAAGGCCCCUCGCCCGCAGCCCUGCACCAGCACCACUUCUAGCGGAGCCUCCCCCGGACCGCG